AUACUUCCCUUUCUUCCCCCCAAAAGGAGGCAUUAUUUUAAAUAAAGCAGUUUAUUUGGCAUAUCUGGGAGAUCAUUUUUUGAGAAACCACAGCAAUGAAUGGCUUUGGAGCCCUGCAUGGAAGGAACCAGUUUAUCCUCCUGGUGCUAUUUCUUUUGCAAAUUCAGAGUCUGGGUCUGGACAUCGAUAGUCGUCCUACCACUGAAGUUUGUGCCACACACACAAUUUCACCAGGACCCAAAGGAGAUGGUGGUGAAAAAGGAGAUCCAGGAGAGGAGGGAAAACAUGGCAAAGUAGGACGCAUGGGACUGAAAGGAGUUAAAGGAGAACUGGGUGAUAUAGGAGACAUGGGUAAUAUUGGCAAGACUGGGCCCAUUGGCAAGAAAGGUGACAAAGGGGAAAAGGGUUUGCUUGGGAUUCCUGGAGGAAAAGGCAAAGCAGGCACUGUCUGUGAUUGUGGAAGAUACCGGAAAGUUGUUGGACAAUUGGAUAUUAGUGUUGCUCGGCUCAAGACAUCUAUGAAGUUUGUCAAGAAUGUCAUAGCAGGGAUUAGGGAAACCGAAGAGAAAUUCUACUACAUCGUGCAGGAGGAGAAGAACUACAGGGAAUCCCUGACCCACUGCAGGAUCCGGGGCGGAAUGCUAGCCAUGCCCAAGGACGAAGCUGUCAACACUCUCAUCGCUGACUAUGUUGCCAAGAGUGGCUUCUUCCGGGUGUUCAUUGGUGUCAAUGACCUUGAAAGGGAGGGGCAGUAUGUGUUCACGGACAACACUCCACUGCAGAACUACAGCAACUGGAAUGAGGGGGAGCCCAGCGACCCCUAUGGUCAUGAGGAUUGUGUAGAAAUGCUGAGCUCGGGCAGAUGGAAUGACACAGAGUGCCAUCUUACCAUGUACUUCAUCUGUGAAUUUGUCAAGAAGAAAAAGUAAAUUUCCUCAUGCUACACAUUUGUUAUUUCCCCAUGACUACCAUUACAGUUAUUUUUAUCCAUUCUUUUCUUUCUAACUACACUAAGUCCAUUCUGACUCAAGACGAGUAGAAAGUGCUAAACUGAGGUUUGGAAUCUCUAUCA